AUGACGGCAUCAUCCCCCCACGGGUCCGACCACGGCGAACAGCCUGUUCCUCGCCAGCAACAACAUUCUACCCCAGGCGCCAGCACGCCAUCGACUCCAGGCGCCACCCCCCGCAACCGCUCUCUCGACGAGCAGCCAGUGCGCGAGCAGGAACUCGUAAACGAUGAACACUCGCCGCUGCUACCACCAGCCGACUACGAUGCAUUUGGUGCCAGAUCGGUCGGACGAAGCGAUAGCCAUGCGGAUGACAGCCAAACCACCAAGAGCUUGUGGUACCUGACCAUAUUGACUAUCGGUAUUGGAGGUCUCCAAAUCGCGUGGUCCGUCGAGCUCUCUAAUGGCUCGCCAUAUCUGCUGUCCCUAGGUCUGAGCAAGUCUCUUAUGGCUCUGGUCUGGAUCGCGGGGCCACUGACCGGUACCUUGGUGCAACCUUAUGUUGGCAUGCUCAGUGAUAACUGCCGCCUCUCAUGGGGUAAACGAAAGCCGUUCAUGCUUGGCGGGGCCGCUGCCACCAUAUUAGGGUUGCUCUUCUUAGCCUGGACAAAGGAGAUUGUCAGCGGAGUGUUGAGCAUCUUUGGGGCUAAUCCGGAAUCGCAUGGCGUCAAGACUACCAUUAUUGUGACAGCGGUGAUUGGAGUCUAUCUGCUAGACUUUGCCAUCAACACGGUUCAAGCUGCCCUCCGAGCUUUCAUUGUUGAUUGUGGGCCUGCCCAUCAACAGGAGGCUGCGAAUUCCAUGGCCAGCCGCAUGACAGGCAUAGGAAACAUCAUCGGCUACAUUGCGGGAUACGUUAAUUUGACGACGCCUCUCUGGUUCCUGGGCAACACCCAGUUCAAGAUUCUUUGCGCAAUCGCCAGUAUUUCGCUGGGAUCUACGGUCAUUUUGAGCGCUGCCCUGAUCAAGGAGCGGGAUCCUCGAUUGGACGGUCCUCCACGCAAGAAGCACAGCAUUUUUCUCUUCUUCUUUACCCUAUUCAAAUCCAUCAAACGACUGCCGCCUCAGAUCAAACGGGUUUGCCAGGUCCAGUUCUUUGGCUGGGUUGGCUUCUUCCCUCUCUUGUUCUACACAUCUUCGUACAUUGGCGAGAUCUACGUCCAGCCUUUCCUUGAAAAGAACCCCCACAUGACCCCUGAAGAGAUUGACAAGCUGUACGAGCAAGCAACUCGGAUGGGCUCGUUUGCUCUCCUCAUCAACUCCAUUGUUAGCCUGCUGGUUAAUGUGUUCCUCCCAUUUUUUGUUGCUCCAACUUAUGAUAGCCAUCCUGUACUAGAUAAUUCGGAAUCUGGCCCCAAAAAGUCGUUCUUGGAUCACCUCAGAAUACCCGGCUUCACCCUUAGACGAGCUUGGUUCGGGUCCCUCAUCCUCUUCGCCAUUGUCAUGGUUUGCACUGUAUUUGUAAGGUCUAUCAACGCAGCAACAGCCUUGAUUGGAGCCGCUGGAAUCACCUGGGCUAUCACUCUGUGGGCCCCGUUCGCCAUCAUCAGCGCUGAAAUCAGUCGGCGCGAUGCCCUCGCCCGCUCCAGGCGUCCCCGAAGAGACAACCGUGACGCUCCUCCGCCAUUGACUCCCGCCACUGGGCAUACGUCUCCGUUGGAAAUGGCGGAGGCAUCAAAGGAAGAGGAGGUGGAUCAAGCGGGCGUGAUUAUGGGCAUUCACAACAUGUCUGUUUCUGCUCCUCAAAUCAUUGCUAAUGUAGGCUCGAGCUUGAUUUUCAAGAUAUGGCAGAAGCCGAGGGGAACUCCAGGCGACCAUAGCAUCGCCAUCGUUUUAGCACUUGGAGGUCUCUUUGCACUGGUGGCCGCUUUUUUCGUACUCAAAGUCAAGGACGACGUGUCUGCUCCUCCGGAGACUUUGGCUGACGAAGAACAUGGCGAUGCGGACCAAGAUGAUGAUGACGAUAACGAUGAGACCCCUGGCAGAGACUUUUCUGGGAGCACCAAGCCUGGCUACUCUGCGGUGCCAACGGCGGACACUGAAGCCCCGGAAGCCCCGAGACUGGUAAGGAACGGGAGCUUUGGGGGUUUGGAGGUGGCGUCUGGUUCUGAUAGGUGAAGAGACGACUGGAUUUAGGGUGGCAAGAUGCUCAUUAACUGCGCAAUGCGGCGUGCUCUAUGGCACCAGGUAUGUAGCAGGUAGACGUAGAGAGUUGGUUUAGUACAUACGUGACAGUAGAACUCAGUAAAGCGGAAUAUUAGUUGCAUUAGUUUGGUUCUACCAAAGGGUAGGCCAGCAUACUUGGAUAUAUUUAUUAUUAGCGCACUUUGUUAAUAAUAUUUGUCAAGCGG